CAAGUUAGCGCUUUGUACCCCGGAAGGUGUACGGGCGCCAUGUGCGUGUGCAAUGCCGCAGUAGGAUGAUGGCGUCUCAACUUUGAGCGUUGCUACCGACCUUCAUGAUGACACCCCAAUUCCUCGCCCAUAUUCUCAGAACAUUUCAGAAAUGGCUUUUACGGCUUUCUCGCCGUUAUACAAGCUCGUUAUCUGUUUUGUUGUCUUUACUCCGUCGAUUUGCUACGUGCCGUUCAAAGCCCAGAGUUAGGAGGUCGACCACCCAACCUCAUCUUCCCCGGGGAGCUCUUCUGCAACCCCUCGAAAUGGACAUUUCAAAAGAGGAUCCAUAUACUUGUUCCAGUCGUUUGCCUGCUGGUGAAAUACAGGAAGUUGCAAGAGAACCUCCAUCUCCUUCAGAUUUCCCUUACGAAACAAGUCCUCGACCCUCACGACGUAUAGUACGAGAUAAUACGUCGAAGUCUUUGCCGGAGGCAACGAUAGGAUAUCCAGGUGCCGUUGGGACGAACGGUCAUGGCUCCAGGUCAAGUCUGGUUCUGAGUGUGGGGGAGGGUCCGACGAGAUACGCAACUUAUACGAAACGUGUUCGUGCUCGCCGAGUCACGACGAUCUACAAUUCCGUCGCAAAUAUCCACCGUAGAUCUACGGACCCUAUUGCUGUUCCACUGGAUUUGUCUAAUCAGACAACGCCAGUAUCUGAUCCAGUUAUAGGCGGUCAUAACAUUGCUUCGCCCUACAGCGACGAGCGAUUGGGUCCAGAGCAAGUAGGCCUAGAUGACGGCCCGCCGAUAGGCCUCUUGGUUGCAGAGGAAGUUGGGCGGUGUGAAGGGUAUACACCAAGGAGUUCUUUACCGUCCCAAAUCAUUGUUCCUGCCAUGACAGUGAAAUUUCCCAUGCACGACACUGCUGUGCCUCCAGGAUGGACUACACUCGUGCAUCCGCAAGGUUCUCGCUACUUUGUGAACGUAGAAAGACGAACAUUCACACAGAUGAAUAUUUGCGACGAAACAAUAUACAGUGACAUAAGACACUUCAUGGAUUACUUGCUACGUUCACUCCGUGAUGAAAGUGAGCACCUUGAGCUGGACAUGGCGCAGGUGGACCUUGUGAUCGAGCCGAAGGUUUCCACCGAUGCCGACAAAGUGGUUUGUUGCUAUUAUUUCGCCAACCAUCGUGAUAGAUGCCUCUUCUGGUUGGAUGAGUACAGUACCGAGGAUAUUCUCUCCGAAUGUAACGGCGUCGAGAAUCUUUCACACAUACGGCUUGCCAUCCAAGCACAAUAUUGGAAACAUUGCGAUUACUUCCCUUGCCUGUGCCCAAUUACACAAGAGCUUGUUGAUGAGGUGAAAUAUAUGUUGAUAUAUGCCGAAUGUGACCACCUAACCUCCCGCCACUCUACUGCGCCAUUCGAUGUUAUCGAAACUAGAGACUACAUAUCUCUCAUAGAUAAGAUCAAGGUCCAUCCUCCUGCGGAUCAAAGCGUGCAACAAUGUCACGCUGCCAUUGUUAUUGGCCGAAUCAUGUAUGCAUUCAGUCGCAAUCACUUCAUUAACUCUCAUGGGGAGAACUGUGUGAGAUUGGCCUUUGAACAAACAGUCCAUCCAUACGCACCGUCGUUGUUGAUAAUCAUGGUUGCACCUUUUUUGUUUUUGGACCCUAUGGCUCUAGUUCGAGAACUGCACACGAUAUUUGUUGACAACACGCCUUCCUCAGAGCGGUGGAAUACAUUCAAUUUAAACCUGAAUGGACAGCUUCAGGACUCCACUCUUCUGGCCACCGUCUUACUCAAUGCCAAUGUUGGGUUUCUCGCUAUCAACAGCGUUGAUACGGGCGGUAGAUCUCCUGUCCAGGUGGCAAGCUACAUGUCUCUUGUGUCAAGCUUGGGAAGUAUGAUUCUUGGCUUGUUACUUGUUUCGCAUAAUCGAACCAUGGGCCAAUUGGGCACGGUCCUCCAAACGGAAGUUUUCCUUUCACAACUCGGCGAGAAAGAACGCAGACUUGAAAGGCUGGCCAUAAUUUACAGCCUCCCGAAAACGUUGCUCAUGUGGGGCAUGAUCUUCUUCUUUGCGGCAUUCUCCGUCCAUUGGUGGAAUCCUGGAGAUCAAACUACCAGAGCCGUCGUUGGUUCUGUGAUAAUUCUCGCAUUUGUAAUGAUCUUGUAUGGCAUCAUGAGAGCCAAGUACGGAGGAGAUCGCUGGUGGCGACUGCCAAUACUGCUACUCGCAAGAAUCGGUCUGAAAAUACCAAUUCAUCUGGCUGACGCUGGGAAGCAAGUCAUGGUAUUCAUGGGGAUGAGAAAAGUCCAAGAUCCUUCAUCAAAGACUGGAAGGGACGUUCUCGCUCCACCGAACAUUCUUGCAUGUCACUCUCAAACAAAUGCUGAGGCAGACGUCGCAGGGUGUAACGCCUCCCAUCCAACAAAUCCACUUCCCGAAGUAUCCAGCCCAGAUGAUUAUGAACACCACCCCAAUUCUUCUAUCCCCCAAACUCCAUCCCAACCCACCGCUUUCGUGGAUCCACCUCUACAACAGCAUGACGGCAUUUCCGCGCUUCCACCAUCAGAUCUACACACCAACCCAGGCGGUUUGCCAGGCAUUGGCUCGUUGCAGCAGAUUCAAGAAAUCCAGUUUAUAUUCCGGUCUACUGCAGAGACUCGCUAUGGACCUGGCACUGCACCCUUCGGCGUGCCUGGUGUAAGGGAGGUUGUGAACUACACCACGAAUAUAGUCGAGGAGCCAGAGGGAUUAGAACAUUCUCAACCUUCACCAAGCUAGACUGGUCUGAGCGGGCUAGCACUGGUUAGCCGGUGAGCAUUGCCAGUCGGAAGUGUACCAUAGUGAAAAUAUGUACUUAUAUAGAAGGCUUUUUACCAAUGCUGAACGUCCUGGCGCCACAUCCUUGGCUGCAGAGUCCCCGA